AUGGAAGACCGUGAUUCCAAACUUUUAACCUUUCUUGUAGAACAAGGUACUUUGUCUGAGUUUUCUUGUCCUGGUACGUCUCAACAAAAUGGACGAGCUGAACGUAAACAUCGUCAUAUUCUUGACUCUGUUCGUGCAAUGCUUCUUUCUUCUUCGUGUCCUGAGCGGACUUGGGGUGAAGCUGUUCUUACUACUAUUCAAGUUAUCAAUAGAUUUCCUUCUUCUGUUCUGGGUAACAUUGCUCCCUUUGAGCGUAUUUAUCAUACCUCUCCAGAUUACAGUUCUCUUCGACUUUUUGAUUGUAUCUGUUUUGUUCUUCUUCAGUCUCAUGAACUUAGUAAACUUGAACCUCGGGCUCGUAUGUGUUGUUUCCUUGGUUAUGGCACUGAACACAAGGGUUAUUGUUGUUGGGAUCCUUCCUCUAAACGUAUUUGUAUAUCUCGUCACGUUGUCUUCUGGGAACAUCACAUGUUUUCUCGGUUCUCCACCUUUGAGUCCAUUCCUCCUAUCGUGUCACCUUUUUUCACUAACCCCAAUGUUGAUCUUUUUCCUAGUGAUGAUUCUACAGGUUCUAUCUCGAGUCACCCUCUACAGCCUCCUGUUCUUCCACCUUUUUCAUCUCUUGAUAAUUCUAGACCGAACGGCGAUUUUACUCCUACCGUCAUGCCUUCUUCUUCCACUCGUUCUUCUAGGGUAAUAAUGGAUAGUACCAACAUGGAUGUAGUGGCUCAAGAACAACAAGAAGAAACUCCUAUUGAAGAAACUGCUAAUUUUGUUCCAGAUGAGUCUGUCUCGGGUGAAAAUAGCAAUAAAUCUUUAUUGAAAAGUGUUUAUUGGCAAUACUUUAGUAGAUAUAAAGAGGGGGAAGAGUGGAAAGCAAAGUGCAACCAUUGUAAGUCAGUUCUUGGUGCCAAUCCAAGGAAUGGGACUACAAAUUUGAAGAAACAUGUGCUCCAUUAUUGUAAGAGAAUAAAAUUAGCAAAUUCAAGACAAUCAACAAUUGCCGAAUCUCUUCAAAGACAUGGAAAGAAUAGUUCAGAUUCUUUUAUAUUUGAUGCAUCUCACACAAGAAAAUUGAUUGCCAAGUCCAUUUGUAUGCAUGAGUAUCCUUUGUCAUAUGUGGAUCAUGUUGCAACAAGAGAAGUGUUUGCUUCAAUGCAACCAACGUUUAAGAUGCCAAGCCGAAACACAAUCAAGAAGGAUAUCUUGGAAAUGUACGAAGUGGAGAAGCUUAACAUAAACAAGAUGAUGGAUGCAAAUGAUAGUCGAGUGGCUAUUACAACUGACAUGUGGACUUCCAACCAGGAAAAAGGAUACAUGGUUGUUACAGCACACUACAUUGAUAAUUCAUGGAAUUUGCAAAUGCGAGUAUUGAGCUUUACUUAUGUUCCUGCUCCUCAUUCAAGUGAAGUUCUCUCUAAUGCAUUAAUGAAAGUUUUGUUGGAGUGGAACUUAGAUAGAAAAUUAUCAACUAUUACAUUGGAUAAUUGUUCUACAAAUGAUGCUAUGAUUGAUGUGUUGUUGGGACGUUUAGACUCAAAUUAUUUGUUGUUAGGGGGUAAGUUAUUGCAUAUGCGUUGCUGUGCUCAUAUUUUAAACCUAAUUGUGAAGGAUGGUUUCAAUUUAGUUAAAGAAAGUGUGGAGAAAAUUCGUAAUAGUGUGGUGUAUUGGACUUCAACUAGUAAAAGACAUGAAACCUUUGUGAGUUGGUGUAGUAAGUCAGGUGUUCCCUUUACCAAAAAAUUAUCUCUUGAUUGUAUGACUAGGUGGAAUUCCACUUAUGUGAUGUUAGAAACUGCAUGGUUGUACAGAGAUGUCUUUGCUCGACUAAAACAAAAAGAUUCCAAUUAUAAAAGUGUGCCAAGUAAUGAGGAAUGGGAACUUGCAAAAGAAAUUUGUGGUAAAUUAAAACUUUUUUAUGAUGUGACUCAGUUGUUUUCUGGAACUCAAGUUCCAACUGCCAACAUUUACUUUAAUAAAGUAUGUGAGAUACAUGUUGGAUUGGAAAAAUGGGCUGUUUCUCCUAACCCAGUUAUUAGUAGCAUGGCAUGUAUGAUGAAGAGAAAGUUUGAUAAGUAUUGGGAAGAAAUUCAUGGCAUUAUGGGUGUUGCUGCAAUUCUAGAUCCUAGGUAUAAGCUUGAUGGGCUUGAAUAUAAGUUUGCUAGGGUAUGUGAAGAUCCUAAUGAAUGCACAAGGAAAGUUGAGAGAAUCAAACAGGCAUGUUAUGACUUACUUCAUGAAUAUCAAAAGAAUACAUCUAAUUCAAGCAAUAUGUCAGUGGAAUCUACACAAGAGCUUAGGGUUAAUGCAGAUGAAGAUGAUGAUGUUGGUUAUCAAUUGUAUAUUAGACAAAAGAAGAAGGAAAAAUGUUCAUUUGUGAAGACGAAAUUUGAUCACUAUGUAGAGGAAGAUGUUCAUCCUUUAAUUCCUGAUUUUGAUAUAUUAGCCUGGUGGAAGGUAAAUGGCGUUAGGUUUCCAACUCUUCAGAAAAUUGCAAGAGACAUAUUUGCCAUCCCUGUGUCUACUGUUGCUUCUGAGUCUUCUUUUAGCACAAGUGGCCGUAUAAUUGCUACUCAUCGUGGUAGUCUUCAUGAAGAUACGGUAGAAGCUCUUAUGUGCAAUCAAAAUUGGUUGUGGGCAGAAUAUUAUAAAAGAGGUGGAAAACCUGAUUAUCAAACUGCUAAUGAAGAUGAUGAUGCAUUUUCUGAACUGACGGAAGAAUAA